AUGCCACUGCAAGAUAUAGAUUUGAAUUAAGAAAAUAGUUCUAGAGGAUAUAGCAAUCCAAGCAGUUAAGAUGAAUGUAUUCAUUCAUUUGGAUUAGACUUGACCAUCAUUAACACUUUCUCAAACCAUUAUGAUUUCAUCACUUAAGUGCUAAAAAAAUAAUUUUCUUAUCUAAUACGCUAGGAGCUAUACUCAUUUACUUCUACCCCUAAAACUUCUAAAAAUACAAUUCCUAAGUUAAAUACAUCAGAUUUUUAAGUUAUUUCAAUUUUAUAUGAUUAAAUUUGUAAUUUCUUCUUCUAGAUUUUAUUAGCAAAGUUCUUGAACAAUUAUGCAAGUAAUAAAUUUUGA